GACACGCCAAUCAGCCUACCAUGCAUGACUUUGGAGGAAACCCCCGCAGCACGGGGAGAACAUGCAAACUCCACACACACGGCCCCGGCGGGAAUCGAACCCCGGACCCUGGAGGGGCGAGGCGAACGUGCUAACCACGAACCCAGUGUGCACACACACUAUCAGGGUGUACAAUAUUGUGCAUAGCCUAGAUAUGAUCAUACUGAUGGCUCACUGAUGCGUAUGGUGCGUGAAGGCUAACCCAUCUAGUCCAAUACCACAGAAGAGCUACUUUAGCAUAAAUUGCUGAAAAAGUUCAUGCUGGCUAUGAUAUAAAGGUGUCAGAACACAAAUCAUACGCUUGCUGCGUAUGGGGCUGUGUAGCUGUAGACCGGUCAGAGUGCCCAUGCUGACCUCUGUCCACCGCCAUGGGCUUGUGAGCAUCAGAACUGGACCAUGGAGCAAUGGAAGAAGGUGGCCUGGUCUGAUGAAUCAUAUUUUCUUUUACAUCAUGUGGAUGGCUGGGUGUUUGUGUGUCGCUUACCUGUGGACUAGCUGGCACCAGGAUGCACUAUGGGAAGUAGACAAGCUGGCAGAGGCAGUGUGAUGCUCUGGGCAAUGCUCUGCUGGGAAAUUAGGUCCUGACAUUCAUCUGGAUGCUACUUUGACAUGUAGCACCUAUGUAAACAUUGUAGCAGACCAAGUUCACCCCUUCAUGGCAAUGUUGUUCCCUAAUGGCAUUGGAUUCUUUUAGCAGGAUAAUACACACUGCCACACUGCAAAAAUUGUUCAGGAAUGGUUUGAGGAACAUGACAAAGAGUUCAUGGUGUUGACUUGGCCUCUAAAUUCCCCAGAUCUUAAUCAGAUCGAGCAUGUGGGGGAUGUGCUGGAUAAACAAGUCUGAUCCAUGGAGGCCCCACUUCACAACUUACAGGACUUAAGGGAUCUGCUGCUAACAUCUUGCUGCCAGAUACCACAGCACACCUUCACAGGUCUUGUGGAGUCCAUGCCUCGACAGGUCAGAGCUGUUUUGGCGGCACAAGGUGGACCUACACAAUAUGAGGCAGGUGGUUUUAAUGUUAUGGCUGAUUGGUGUAUAGUAUGUCAUCUGGAAUGAAUAAAUAAAUGUUUCACUUGUGUAACACACUGCACCCAGUGCGACACUUUACUUAGUGACAAUUAAAGUUUGUUAGUAUUGUGCCUCUUUCUGGUUCUAGUUUGUAAAAAAUCACGCAGGUCAAGUGAAGCCCUUAACAGCACACUAUAAAAUGUCUGAAAACAUUUUCAAGCUAUUUUCUGUUGGAUAACAGGAAUAAAAGCUUGUUUAGACUUUAAUCUGAUAAGCAAUUAAUUCGCAAUAAACGGAAUUUGAACAUUUAUUUACAUAAAGGCAAACCAUACAUCUCUAUAGGCUAUUCGUUACACUUUACUAUUAAACGCCAUAAAGCUGAGCACUUUCAGUGUGGACUGCAGCUGUCAGUGCACCUGAAAACUGCUGGCCAUUUGAAAUGAUGGCAUCUGAGUGACAGGUAAGAUAAUCAGCCCCAUGGUCCCCUCUUCACCCCUCCUCCUCCUCCUCCUCCUCUUGUUAUACCGGCAUGUCAGAGCCUGUGGGAUGGGGUUCCUCUUGCAUUUACUUUCGGUCUGGAUGCUGCUGCCGCUGCUGCUCCGAUCCACUUGGAUGUCCCUCUUCAUGAAGGAGGGUCCUAUCUUUCCCACUUGAUCGCGCACUUAUUUUUUGGCGAUCCGAAAGCAACUUUAAAGAGUUCAUCCGCAUUUUUAAUCUAAACAACGGACAGCCGAGAAGAGUUGGUCGUUGUCUUGACCGGUGCAAAGCAUGAAGUUCCUGGAGGCUGCGCGCGUCUCGGUGCUGUUGUUGGUGCUGCUGGUGGGGGAUCACCGCGGAGUGCAGGGGAAAGCGGCUCGGCUGGAGCGCUGGGUGAAAGCUGGACUGCAGUACCUGAAGGUGCACCUGUGCCGCAGGGUGGCUUUACCGGAGAGCGAGUGUCGCAGGCUCGCUCAUCUCCAUCCCAGCGGAAUAGCGGUGUAUAGUUCAGAGUCUGGUUCUGGUAAAGUGCUCGCCAUCCUGCCCGACUCGCACCCCGCAUUAAAAGCGAGUCACAGUGCGGGUGCGCUUGCUGCUGAGCGCGGGCUGGAGCGGGAGCGCUUCACCGACGUGAGCGCGCAUGACGCCGUGCUCGUGCUGGACCCGAGUCCCGGAGAGAGCUUCGGCCACCCCGUCCUGCUCUUCUACCUGGACUUUAACAUGGCCAAGAAAAAGUGUACUCAUAUGGAGGGGAUUUAUUUGGGAGAGGAGUGUAUGACUCUGGCCCUGAAGACUCGCUGUCAGAACCAGCUGAAGCGGAGAAGGAGCCGCAGCGACCGUACGAUGGACCGCACACAGAUUCGGAAGAGUGUGGUGUCCAGAACAAGCCAUACAGAGCGUAGUAAUGGCCUCUGCGAGAUCCACUUCCUGCCCCGAGUGGUGGGAGUGAGGGACAGCAACCGAACGCAGCGCCUCCGCUGUGUAGAUCAUCCAGAGUUUGCUAGAUGCCCCCAGCCUUUGCCCCUCACUAGUCCAAGCAUGCCUAUCUCUAGCUGUGAACUCAAUAAAAACACCCGUCGAUGCCACCAGCAGCCUCUCGCCACACAUCUCUCCUGUCGCCUCUACCAGACCUGUGACCACGCAGUACUGCUCUCAGGUGGUUGGCAGGAACAGAUCACAUACCAGCAUCAUGAGCAGAAUCUGAUGCUCUUCUACCAGAUGCUAAGAAACAAUGGUUUUCAUAAGGAUCACAUUAAAACAUUUUUUGCUGGAAAUGGACAGGUAGCAGCUAAAGAGGCAGAAGGAAUGUAUCCAGCCACAGAAAAGGAGGUAAUCAGGAACCAUAUCUCCUACAUCUGUCGCAAGCAGCACUGUGCAGACACAUUCGUGUUGUACCUGAACAGCCCGACCCGCAACGAUGGAACCAUGCUGCUGUGGGACCGCAACAACAACGGCAUUGCAGAUCUAAAGGAGCGCUAUGCAGUAGGUGAGCUGCUGGCUGACCUUGCAGGCUGCAGGGCAAGUCGAGUUCUGCUUUUUGUUGAGCAGAGCUACACCGGAGUUCUCACUAAGAGACUAAAGGGCUCUCUUAAACACCUCAAUGUGGUGCUGCUCAACGGCCUGCCCUGGGUGAACACGGCCCAAUUCUGGGCCUCUCUGCACCCUUCCCACUGCCUCAUCGACCACCUCAGUAAGAAUGCUCUAAUGCCUCAUGUGGGUGAUGGGAUAAGCCUGCUGAACGUGACUUUGUCUGGAGCUCCCUGUAAUUCCACGCCACCUCUUUCAGAGGCUGAGAUGAAGAAGGAGUACAUGGGCUGUCAGAACCUGCCAACAGCACUGUGGCACCAGGGCAGUCGAAAGGCUCACAACAAUGAGAGAAACUGAGAGACAAUGCUCAUUCUUCCAGUGCAGCCUCAUAAACUUCACUACCGGCAUCUAAUCUCAACUAGAGAAUGCUAGAGAUGCCAAACAUGUCUUUUUGUUCAUCUUAGUUCUUUACUAUGGAUUUUGAUCUUCAGUUGUAACAGUAGAUUCAGGCAGAAUGCUGCUAGACAAGAAUAAAAAAUGUGUGUAUAAAUUGUUGUUACUCAAGUACAGGUCAAACUGUAAUUAGAUGGACCCAGUCUAUCCAAAACAAAUGGACUGCGGUAAGAUGGAUGAAAAAAAACAUGCUGUCAUGAAGGCCACAGGAGUAUAUAUGGUUUAAGAGGAAGUGUUAUGUCCUCACUCUGAACCUCAGCCCUCCAUCUGCAGCAUCCCGGUGUUUGGCUCCUCCAGUGUUUUUGUCUACCCACUGUGGGG